GAGAGAGAGAGAGAGAGAGAGAGAGAGAGAGAAUGACGAUGAAACGAAGAUAGAUAUAAAGCAGUAUCAGACGUGUUUUGUAAACGUAUUUGGCUACAUGCACUAGUUAAAUUCCAGGUGAAUGUGACUGCCUACACUGGAUUAUAUAAAUAUGUUGCUUGUCGUGUCCUCCUCCUCUCUCUGUGAACAUCAGACAGAAUAACAUCGGUGGAGCUCCCGGUAACCGUAUGAUUAUGUCUCCUCCACAGCCAGCCUGCCGCCUCCUGCUGACGGCAACGACACAAAAAAGAGACUGUGCUGUGGCUUCCUGAUGAAUUCAUCCAGCCACCAUGCAAUGUUCCUGGAAGUCCAUGAUGCUGCUGGUGUUAGCAUCCAUAGCCAUCCAGUACACGGCUAUCCGCACUUUUUCCACUAAGCCUCUAAGCCUGCUGUACUCUGUGGGCCUGGCACCAAGGGGCCAUGCGGUCAACUGCAGCCUCAAAGAUCUGACAAAACUGGGCCAGGAGACAGCAGAGAGCUCAGACCAAGGUUGUGAUGAGACCCGGACACCCUCCUCCCCUGCCCCUACCUCUGACUCUUCUAACGCCAACAAGAGAACUCACAUCCUGAUUCUGGCUACGACACGGAGUGGAUCCUCCUUUGUGGGUCAGCUGUUCAACCAGCAUCCAGAGGUGUUCUACAUGUUCGAGCCUUUGUACCAUGUCCAGUUGGCUUUGCUUCCUCGCCUGUCGCAGAGCAGGAACCUGGCUGAGAGGAGGGUGAUGCUGGGAGCAGCUAGAGAGCUGCUGAGGUCCCUGUACCACUGUCAGCUCAACAGUCUGGAGAGCUACAUAAGACCUCGGCCCUCCAAUCACACUACUGACAAACUGUUCAGACGAGGAGCCAGCCGGUCACUGUGCUCCCCCCCUGUAUGUGAGGCUUCUCUGGGCCGGGAGGCUCAGAGCCUGGUCCUGACUGAUGAGGGGGAGUGUGGGAGGAGAUGUGGAGCACUCAAUUUAUCCCUGGCUGCUGACACCUGUAGUACGAAGCAGCAUGCAGCCAUCAAAACUGUCCGGAUUCCCCAAAUCAGUGACCUCAGAGCGCUAAUUGAGGACUCAAGACUCAACCUGAAGGUGGUCCAACUUGUAAGAGAUCCACGCGGCAUCCUGGCAUCCCGUAUCGAGACUUUUCGAGACACUUACCGUCUGUGGCGUCUGUGGAGAGCGACUGGACGGCGACCCCACAACCUGGACCUGGGACAGAUCAAUGCAGUGUGUGAGGACUUCCUCAGAUCUGUGUCCACAGGCCUGGCCAGACCUGCCUGGCUCAGAGGGAGAUACAUGCUGCUCAGGUAUGAAGACUUGGCCAGGUUUCCUCUCCAAAAGGCUAGAGAGCUCUACGGCUUCCUGGGUCUGGAUCUGGACCACAGUGUGGAAGAGUGGAUCAUCAACAACACCCGGGGGAGCAGUGAUCUUUCAUCACGGCAGAAGUUCACCACAGUUCGGGACUCUGCGGCUAAUGCCGAGAACUGGAGGCUGAAGCUGUCCUUCGAUAUGGUCGUCUACACGCAGACUGCCUGCCAGCCACUGCUUGAGCUCCUCGGAUACAAGAGAGUGUUCCACCCAAAAGAACUGAGAAACCUCUCCCACUCUUUAGUGGAGGACAGGACGUUCCUUCCAUUUAUUUAAACAGUACCACGUACAUACUGUACAUUCAGUGUGGAUUUAAGAAACCAUCCAAACAAGACAGUACUGUAGUUUAUCAAGAACCGAUGAUAUAAUCAAAGCUGUCUCACUGACUAAUCUGGAUCCUCUCACUUCAUCUGUGCUGGAAAAAAAGCUGUGACUAUCCAUCUGUUUAUAACUCAAAGCUCUAUAAAACAACCUGAAAUUA